GAAUUAUAAGAGUUUUUCAUUUAAAAAAAAACAACAACGCUUGAAACAGAGUAACGAUGGCGGUCGGGGAAUACAAUCCCUUGGUGAAGGCAUGGAGUUUGGUCGUCUGCUUCUUCUUCAUUCUUCUUACACGUGGAAUCGUUGACGCGAAGAUUAUCAGACACAAGUUCGUGAUAGAGACAAAACCGUACACGAGGCUAUGUGAAACCAAAAACAUAUUGACAGUGAACGGUAAAUACCCUGGCCCGACGCUGACAGCCCGACGAGGCGAUCGGCUCAUCAUCAAUGUCGUCAACAACGCCCAUUACAAUAUCACCAUCCACUGGCAUGGAGCAAGACAGGUAAGGAAUCCGUGGGCGGACGGACCAGAGUAUAUAACGCAGUGUCCGAUAAGACCGAGGACACGUUAUAAGUACAGGAUCGAUCUGACAACUGAAGAAGGGACGAUAUGGUGGCAUGCCCACAACGAAUGGGCACGUGCCACUGUCUACGGCGCUUUCGUCGUCUACCCUCAACUCGGUUCUUCCUAUCCUUUUCCCCUUCCCCACCGCGAAAUCCCCAUCAUUCUCGGUGAAUGGUGGAAGAAGGAAAACACAAUGGACAUACCGAGAAAGGCUAUCGAAACCGGAGGUGAACCGGCCAUCUCCGAUGCUUAUACCAUCAAUGGACAACCCGGUUUUCUCUACCCUUGCUCUGAAAAGGAUACAUUCAGAAUAACUGUCGAACGCAGAAGACGAUACCUUCUCCGCAUCAUAAACGCGGUUAUGGACGAGGAGCUCUUCUUCGCGGUGGCGAACCAUAGAUUGACCGUGGUGGGCAAAGACGGUAUAUACUUAAAACCGUUCCGAACGGAUUACCUCAUGAUAACUCCCGGUCAGUCCAUUGACGUCCUCCUCCACGCCAACAGCCGUCCCGGCCUCUACGCGGCCAUGGCUCGGGCCUACUCCUCCGCCUUUGGCGCCGGCUUCGAUAACACCUCCACCACCGCAAUCUUACAAUACAAAUCCGCCCCCAGAACCGGAGACCCGGUUCUACCGGUGCUGCCUCCUUACAACCACACCAAAGCAUCAACCAAGUUCACUAACCGGUUCAGGAGCCUCGUGGCCAAAAACCGCCCGAUUCACGUCCCGGUUAAAAUUGACACCCAUUUGAUGUACGCCUUCUCGGUGAACUUGAUGAACUGCUCGGGCGACCGACCCUGUGACGGACCGCUCGGGAAGCGAUUCGCUUCGAGCGUUAACAACGUCAGCUUUGUUAACCCGAGCAUUGACAUACUGCGAGCGUAUUAUCACAAGAUAGGAGGCGUUUUCGGGGAAGAUUUCCCGAGAAAACCUCCGAAAGAAUUCAAUUACACGGGGGAAAACCUACCUUUGCCGACAAGUUUCGGGACGAAAGUGGUAGUUUUGGAGUACAACUCUAGUGUUGAGUUGGUUUUGCAAGGGACGAACGUUUUGGCAGCGGACAACCAUCCGAUCCAUCUCCAUGGUUACAGCUUCUACGUGGUCGGAACCGGUUUUGGGAAUUUCGACAGCCGGAGAGAUCCGUCGAGAUAUAAUUUGGUGGAUCCACCGGAGGAAACCACCGUCGGAGUGCCGCAUAAUGGCUGGACCGCCGUCCGGUUUAGAGCGGACAAUCCCGGGGUGUGGCUAUUGCAUUGCCACAUAGAGAGACAUGCGACGUGGGGAAUGAACACUGUGUUCAUAGUGAAAGACGGUCCGACCAAGUCAUCUCGCAUGCUCAAACCUCCCCCUGACCUGCCUCCCUGCUUCUAGUACCACAUACCAGUGUUUCACUUCAUCCCCCCUGAGGGUUCAAGAUGGGUUAUGCUUCUGGAAUUGAAUACGAGUGUGUAAUUAGGGCAAUGUGGAGGGCAAUUUUAUUAAAAAAUUUAAAUUAAGCUGAUGGCAGUUUGAAACUGUCCGUAGUAUAUUACACAAAUAACAGAGAAAUUGCGAUAUUAAUAGUGUAAAUGAUGUGUA